UUCAAUCAUGCUGAAAGCAAGUAGGCUUUCAGCCAAUUUCAUAAGAACAAAUCCAUAUGCUUUUAUCAUAAAAUUAAUUGCUUAGGCACCAAGUGUGUGAUCAUACUGCACAGGCUUCUGUGUUCUCAUCCAACACAUCAUAUAGACUUCUACCAGGCUACUUCAGCUCAAAGAUGUUGAUCAUGGCCAGGUUGUGCAUCCCCUUUGAAGGUGCAAGGAAGAGGAAGAGAGGGGAGCAAAGCUUUGGGUUUGACUCGUUCUGUGACACAGGCAAUCCAACUCAUCUCACUGGCUCGUUCCAGGACAAACUUAAAGCCCUCCUCAUGUUUGCCCACCCUGAAGCUGUAGCACAAGGAGAGCUGCAGUGCCAUUCUUUUCAGCUCGAACUGCAUCGCCAUCCUCCCACAAGUGUUCGACUGUUUGUCUUGGAAGAGGACGUAGAAACAUCAACCUGCCGUCGAUGUCGCUACUGCGUCUCUGUUGGUACCAUCAAACUCCAGAUAUGAAUUCGCAUUCAGUUCUUUUCCACAACAUAAAUUAUUAGGUUCUAGGCAGAAUUUUCUCAGUGAUGAACUUUAUCCAAUAUAUACUUUGUAUGUGAUAUGCUGUCUCCUCGGGAGAUCGUCUGAGUAGGUUGGGGUCACCACAUUAUUUGCAGCAAGAGAUUUCACUUUGUCUUACCCACCAAAGACACUUUGUCGGAGGUGCAGAACAUAUGCCUGCACUCCAAUGCAGAGUGGUCAAAGAAACCUACAGCAGGAUCGAAGCUGGUGAACACAAACCGCUGUUUGUUGCAUGGAGUCCUGCAUUCCAAUGGUUUUGGGCAUCUGCUUCUCAUCAAUGGCUUUGAAGGUGGUUCUCAUUUCCUUUCCGGUCAUCGGAUUAUGGAUUUGUGGGACAGGAUAUGCACAGCAUUGCAAGUCAGGUAGUUUCCUUCAUCCAUUUCCUUCUGUUCAGCAUCAGUUCUUUGCAUUUGUUUCAAUUGCACACUAAUACACAAAGUUUCUAUGAGUUCUUGAACUUUUGAAGGAAGAUAAGCGUAAUCGAUGCAUCGACGAAGGGUAAAAUGGAGCUCAGAUUGGUCCAUGGUGUAGCCUAUGGUGAGCCGUGGUUCGGUCGAUGGGGAUACAGGUUUGGUCAUGGAAGCUAUGGAGUCACUGAACAGAUGUAUCAACGCUCUGUGGAUGCCCUCCACGCCCUUUCUCUCCGUCUUCUGCUUCCUCAUCUCGCUUGCUUCGGUCGUGAAAUCCCAGUUAUCGUCGGCAAGUAUCAGUCGCUCUGCAACCAAGUGCUGCUCACCUUAGGUGACCUGUUCCGCUUCAUGAUCGAGUUGAAGACGCGCCUUCCGCCCAACUCCAUGGAUUACCAUGGAGCCAUCACUGAAGCGUCGUGCAGGUGGUCGACGAAAAGGGUGGAGAUGGCGGCUCGAGUAAUCGUGGAGCAGCUCAAGAACUCCGAGCUGAGGUGGGUCACGAGGCAGGAGAUCAGAGACGCUGCGAGGGCACACAUCGGCGACACGGGAUUGCUGGACUACGUCCUGAAAACGCUGGGAAAUCACAUUGUUGGCAACUACGUCGUUCGUCGCACCGUGAAUCCGAUCACCAAAGUGCUGGAGUACUGCUUGGAGGACAUAUCCAAUGUGUUCACUGGCCAUGACAACUUAGCUUCAGGUAACCAUUCCAAGUCGAGGAUCAGGUUGCAGCUCACCAGGACGCAGCUGAUGAGAGACAUGUUCUACCUGUAUAAGAACAUCCUGAAGGAGCCGAGCUCAGCAGCAGCCACCGGCAUGCUCGAUGCAAUUCCGGUAGCAGUAAGGAUGGUCAUGGACACUAAGCAAUUGGUCAAGGAGUAUCAACAGGGACCGCCACCUGAGAAGGCCGAAGGUAGCCAUGGGUACUUGAAGCUUUCGUGCAGCAUCCGCAUGAAUGGAGCCGAUGUGGAGAGAACGCCACCACAUGAAACCGUGAUUGUUCCUGCUCACGCGACUAUCGGCGAGCUGAAGAGGGAGGUGGGGAGACACUUCAGGGCGGUGUACUGGGGACUGAAGAGCUUCGUUGCAGACUCCAUCGUCGGUGUCAGGUGCAGGGACUCGGACUUGGUCCAUGAACUGAUGCAAUCAGGAAGCAGCAUCGUGGUAGAGGGGAGGAUGGAGGGGGAUGACGGAGAGGAGAUUUACGAGGGUGGAAACGGUGGUAAUAAGAUCGUGGAUUGCCUGUGUGGUGGAAAGGAGGAGGACGGAGAGCCGAUGAUCUUCUGCGACAUCUGUGAGGUUUGGCAGCACACACGCUGUGUGGGGAUUCCGGACAAGGAUGACAUCCCUCCGGUCUUCCUCUGUGGUCGAUGCGAGAACGACAUGCUUGCCUUGAGGAAUUUGGCAUGACAUG